AUGAACAAAUUGCGUAAUUUGUUAAGUGUAAGACGCGUUUUGGAAUGCCGAUCAAUCGCAACCAGGAUCACUGCCGACGGGAAAGAUGUACCAAAGAAAAAGAUUUUUGAAAACAGAAUAACUUUGAUCGGUAGCGACAAUUCUAUAACUAUAACUGACCUUAAAAACGCUCAAAAUUUAUCAACUAGACGUGAUUUAAAAUUAGUAAAAAUCCAGGAUGAAGAUUCUAAAACGAGAAGGCCUGUUUACAAAUUGAUGACUAACGCAGAGUACCAUGAAGAGGAAUUAUCUGCUAGAAUUGAAAAGAAGGCAGCCAAGGAAAAUAAACUAAUCAAGGGAAAUAAGCUAAUAACACUCUCGUCGAGAAUAGCUGAGCAUGAUGUGAUGACAAAUGUGAAGAAGAUGAUGAAGCUGUUAGAAAAGAGCUAUGAAGUCAGGGUUGUUGUGUCUGGUGAUGAAACUCAACCGGAAAAAGCCGAAAGGAUAUACUCAAUUAUAGAGAAGAAUUUAAAAUCUAUUGGGAAUAUUGUACAAAAGAGGAACAAAGGUAAUAAUUUAAGAUUCCAAAUCAUACCAUUAAGGGACAACAGCAAUCAAUCAAAGAAUGACCAUAACUCGGGUGAAAACAAUGAUCAGAAAGGUCCACUAUGA